UGUAGCAAGAGAAAUGGCUGCUUUCAUUGUACAUGGCUAAGCUAACUUACACUCGGAUUGGAUUGUUUUAUUUAAACGGUUGGCGGCUUCAGUUAGAAACGGCGUAUUUGCGUUAUCCAGCGUAUCAAUGCCUGAGCAAGGCCCGAGGAUGAACGGCUUCUCCCUGGGCGAGCUGUGCUGGUUGUUCUGCUGCCCGCCCUGCCCGAGCCGCAUCGCCGCUAAGCUGGCCUUCCUGCCCCCGGAGCCGACCUACUCGGUGCACACGGACGCGGAGGGCGCGUGCAGCCUGCACCUGAGCGAGCGCGCGGAUUGGCAGUACUCGCAGCGCGAGCUGGACGCCGUGGAAGUGUUCGGUACGCGCACGAGCCGCGGGAACCGCGUGCUCUGUAUGUUUGUCCGCUGCGCGCCCGCGAGCCGCUACACGCUGCUGUUCUCGCACGGCAACGCCGUGGAUCUCGGCCAGAUGUGCAGCUUCUACAUCGGCCUCGGCUCGCGCAUCAACUGCAACGUUUUCUCCUACGACUACUCCGGCUACGGGGUGAGCACCGGGAAACCGUCCGAGAAGAACCUGUACGCUGACAUCGAGGCGGCCUGGCAGGUGCUCAGGACAAAGUACGGCGUGACCCCAGAGAACAUCAUCCUGUAUGGGCAGAGUAUCGGCACGGUGCCAACGGUGGACCUGGCGGCACGGUACGAGUGUGCCGCAGUCAUCCUGCAUUCUCCACUCAUGUCUGGACUGCGCGUGGCCUUUCCCGACACGCGCAAAACCUACUGCUUCGACGCAUUCCCCAGCAUCGAUAAGGUGUCGAAGGUGGCCUCUCCGGUCCUCGUGAUUCACGGCACGGAGGACGAGGUCAUCGAUUUCUCGCACGGCCUGGCCAUCUACGAGCGAUGCCCACGUGCCGUGGAACCACUGUGGGUGGAGGGCGCGGGGCACAACGACAUCGAGCUGUACGCCCAGUACCUGGAGAGACUCAAGCAGUUCAUCUCCUUCGAGCUGGCUACCUCCUGAAAGCACACUGCAGCACACUGUACAACAUCACGGCACACGCUGCGAUGAGCUCCUCUCCGCUCUUUACACACCGAGCCGAGGAUCAGUGUCGAGGAUUUGCACUUGGUGACAGAAAUUCUGGACUCUCCUUUUUAAGUGUAUAUGUUGGUAUUAAGGAACAGGGCCUUUUCAUCAGUUUUUAUUUUUGGAUUUAUUUUUUUUUUCUUUUUACCUUGAUGAGAGAACAUUUAAGCGCACCACAAACAUACUUGGAAUAUUUUGUGUGAGAUUUGUCAACCUUUUUUUUUGGGUGUGUGUAAAUACCCAGCAGGGUGAAGUAAAUGGCAGCGCUGUUAUGUUUAGUUGACCAUUGAGGGUUUGGUUGUUUUUUUUUUUUUUUUCGUCGUUUUAUUUCUAGGCAUUCCGUUGGAUUCUCUUGACUGGGAUAAAAGGAUUUGCUCUCAGAUUUUACAGAGCCAGUCUGUGUGUAUAGUAGGGUGGGUUUUUUUUUUUUUUUUUAAUUAAAGCCAGUAAGUGAAGGAAUACUACCACUGAGAACGCAUCAAUGUCACAUGACUGAUCAAACCACUCCACCGUUUCCAGCUCUGGAGUACGGUGCUGUGUUUUACUACAGUAAUCAGGGCGUUGUUUGUGCACACACACAACUUGAGGUGUUCGUAUAUGAAAUCGUGGUCUCUGUUUUUGGCGCCAGUGCUACAGUAAGUAAGCCUUCUGCUCUCAGGCAUUUGUGCUGUCUGUCGUUUUGUGGGAGUUGGCUUUUCUCAAGGUUAAUACUAGCUGCUACUCUUCCAAUGAGAAAAAUCACUGUGAGACUGAACUGGCGAAACACUAAGGGUACAAGGUGAAUCGUAUUGAGCCACAAAAAUCAUCUCACCCACCCUAAAAUUUUGCAGCUGCUUCCUCAUUCUUGACAUUUAUCUACUGACCCCGAAGGACUCGAACCCCUGAACGCAAACGCAAGAUAACACUAAAAGUCCUCGUGUUUUAGUGCCGACUUUGUAAAUGUUAAUGUAUUCAGGGGUAGCACUAGACACUAGAAGUUAUAAUGGUUUAAUUAACAAGAAGGAACUCGGUUUAUUCGAAGUAGCUGCAAUUACCGUGUUGCAACUUUUUUUUUUUUGAAGGGUUUGAUUUCGUUUUUAUUUCUUAUUUUAUUGAGCAAAUGGGCUGGACUUUUCAGUCUUCAUCUGUGUAUUGCUGUAAGAUAACACUGCAUUGACAGAUACAUGUGUGUAACGGGAUGCUAUUGUGUUUCUCCACGAGCCCUGAACCAAGGUUUGAACCUCCUCUUUUAUCCUCAGUGGAGUUGUUGGGUUGUCGGAGACUGCUUUUCAGGAACGACUGAACACAGCCCUAACUGAGUUGCUUUUGAUACCGACGUUUUUAAACAAAAUGUUUUUUCCAGUACUUAGUACUUAUUAAUUUUAUCUCGACACCUCUUUUAAUGCUGGUUUGUAAGAUAAUCGUACUGUACACAUCUCUCCUCUCGAUAGAUACAUCAAACAGGAAACUGUAUUUAGUCUUUUUAAUGAUUUUGACACUGGAAUUGCUGUAUGCAAAUAUAAUACUGAAAAAAAUGAAAUAGUUGGUACAAAAUGUGCUAGUGUAUCUUGUUUUCUCAGAUCAAAUGAAAGCCUUAAAUGUGCUGUGAGACAGAUUUAUUACUCACUUGAUGUUGGCUGUUGCCUCAGAGCAGCCCACUGGAUGUUGUAUUGCUAUAUAAUGGAAUAAAGGAUGCAUGGAAUAUUGAA